GACACCGAGGCUGACACAUGAAGCAAAGAUUCAAAUGAAAUAAUUCGAUGGAACCGACAUUCAUAACGAUUCAAAUAGGAAUUAUUUGAUUCGUUUGUCAUUAUCGUUUCGAUCAACAAUGGCAUCGUCUAGUUCCAUUAUCGAAGAUGCAAACCCUAGGUAAAUCCAGGAUAUUCGAUCAUAGUAACUCACUUUAUUGAUAACAAUGAAACCGAUCCUUUACAAACUAUCGUAUAUUCCUUGAAAAAAACAAAUUUUUCGUGUUACCCAAAAAUUUUCUGAACCAAAAAUAAGAAAGAGGAAUAACUCUGAAACUUGGAAUCCCAAACACUAAGAUCGGGAAAAAAAAAACAAAUUCUAAGAAACGAAAGAUGACGUUAAUAAGCACAGCGACCCUGGCCGUCAAAACUGCCACUCUCCUCCUCGGGAAAUUGGCCAUAAUACCGAUCAUCAUAGCGGCCCUAGCUUAUUACAAUUACGAUCUAAUGGAUCCCGAGAAUCAACCGAAGGUGACCAAGAAUUUAAGAAAGGAGUACGAUUUCGUGGUGGUGGGUGGUGGCUCGGCCGGAAGCGUGGUUGUGAACAGGCUCACCGAGAAUCCGGAAUGGAGUGUGCUGUUGUUGGAGGCUGGAGGCCACGAAACCGAGAUAACGGACGUCCCUAUACUGUCCCUAUACUUGCACAAGAGCAAACUGGAUUGGAAAUACAGGACGCAACCGCAGGAUUCGGCUUGUCAGGCGAUGGUCGAUCGACGAUGCUGUUGGACCAGAGGGAAGGUUUUGGGAGGUUCGAGUGUGCUGAACACGAUGCUUUACAUUCGAGGAAAUCGACGAGAUUUCGACCAAUGGGAGAGCUUCGGCAAUCCUGGUUGGGGUUACGACGAUAUACUUCAUUAUUUCAAAAAAUCUCAAGACCAAAGAAAUCCCUAUUUAGCUCGUAACACUAAAUAUCACAGCACAGGAGGAUACCUGACGGUACAAGACUCCCCGUACAACACGCCGUUGGGUAUAGCCUUCCUCCAAGCUGGGGAGGAGAUGGGCUACGAUAUACUGGACAUAAACGGGGAGCAGCAGACGGGUUUCGCCCUGUACCAGUACACGAUGAGGCGGGGGACGAGGUGCAGCGCGGCGAAGGCGUUCAUCAGGCCCAUCCAGCUUCGACGCAACUUCGACCUCUCGUUGUGGAGCCACGUGACCAGGAUCCUGAUAGACCCGCGCACGAAACGUGCACGCGGCGUGGAGUUCAUCAGGGCGGGGCGGAGGGAGGUGGUGCUCGCGAGGAAGGAAGUGAUAUUAUCGGCAGGCGCGAUAAACUCGCCCCAAUUGUUGAUGCUGUCGGGCAUCGGGCCGAGGCGCCACCUCGAGGAGCUCGGGAUCCCGGUGAUCCACGACUCGCCGGGCGUCGGCCAGAAUCUGCAGGAUCACAUAGCCGUGGGCGGCAUCAUAUUCCUCAUAGAUUAUCCGAUCAGCAUAGUGCUCAACCGGAUGGUGAACAUCAACUCGGCCCUCAGAUACGCCAUCACCGAGGACGGGCCGUUGACGGCCAACGUCGGCCUCGAGACGGUCGGCUUCAUCUCGACCAAGUACGCGAACAAGAGCGACGAUUGGCCCGACAUCGAGUUCAUGCUCACCUCCUCCUCGGUCAACUCGGAUGGCGGCACCCACGUGAAGAACGCGCACGGGUUGACGGACGAGUUCUACAAAGAGGUGUUCGAGAGCAUAAACAGGCGCGACGUGUUCAGCGUGUUCCCCAUGCUGCUCAGGCCCAGGUCGCGCGGUUUCGUGAAGCUGAGGUCGAGCGACCCCCUCGACUACCCCCUCAUGUAUCACAACUACCUCACCGACCCGUACGACAUCGACGUGUUGAGGGAGGGGGUGAAGGCCGCCAUCGCGUUCGGCCAGACGAGCAGCAUGAAGAGGUUCGGCGCGAGGUUCCACAGCCACCCCGUCCCCAACUGCAAGCACAUACCGUUGUACACGGACGAGUAUUGGAACUGCGCGAUACGCCAGUACACCAUGACCAUUUACCACAUGAGCUGCACGGCCAAGAUGGGGCCGCGGACCGACCCUAUGGCCGUCGUCGAUCCCGAGCUCAGGGUGUACGGGGUGAACGGGUUGAGGGUGAUCGACGCGUCUAUCAUGCCCACCAUCACCAGCGGAAAUAUAAACGCGCCUGUGAUAAUGAUAGGCGAGAAGGGGGCGGAUUUGGUUAAGGAGCAAUGGUGGUACGGACGUGGUGGCAACGCCACCGUCUGGUCGUGAUAGGCCGCUAUGUGGAGAUGGAUUUUACGUAUAGGGAGAUAUGAUACACUUUUGUUGUUUCGAAUUUAAUUCAAAAUGUCUUCUCAAGGAUUGUGGAUUUAAUUUCAAUCUUGUGAAAUGUAAUCGUUUAAGGAAUUGUUUAUUUAUUCCUUGUAAAAUUGUAAUAUAAUAUAUAUAUUUGAUAGUAGGAUAUUGAUCGAUUUGGAAUUGAUCUAUAGUGAAGUUAUUCCUCUUUUAUUGUAUGGAAUAAUUGAAACGAAUGGAAUUGUAAUAAGAGAGAAUUGAAAAGAAUUGAUGAGAGAAUUAUUGAUUUUGCAAGCAAUUGUGCUUGAACAACGUGAACUCGGCGUGAAAUUUAUGUAAACGUUACAUAAUAAAAUAAGAGAAGAGAAUGUUAUUAAAAGGAUCGGUAAGAAGUAUAUGCAUGCUGUUUGUUGCUGUGUCUGCAAAGUUCUUGUACAAUUUAUAUUGUGUAUAAAACAAAUUCAAACUGACAAUAUCAGUUAGUUCGUGCAAGAAAGUUUUGAUGGUAAACCAAUGGCAAAAAGUUGUCGCAAUUUCUUUUUUUUUUUCAAUUUUAUAAUCUUAUGCUGUUACUUUCUCGUUCGACAAAUGAAAUAUAGAAGGAAAUAAAAUUAAUUCGAAAUAAGCAGGCAGCCUGCCUUCAUAUUUCUCAAGAGAAAAAUUCAACGGUAAUUGCAACAUUUUCGAUGAAUAUUUGCUCGGUGAAAUCGGGUCAAUGGAUUUUUAUUAUCGUUUAUUAUCACGAUAUAAAUUUUCUUAAUUAAAGUUGAUAUUAAGAAAAGUACCAAAAAAUGGUAUCGCGCCGAUAUUUGUAAAUAUUAAAGCUAAAAUUAAAAUACAAUAUUAUAGUUUGAAAAUAUCACGUGCCAAGAUUUAUGCCAAAUACGAUCAAAUUGAAAAAAAGAACAUGAAACAUUCUUUCUAAUAUCAAAUCUUUGAAUAUAAUCUUAACUUAGACUUUCGAGCAUGUUGUUCAAGAAUUGUAUGUUCAUGAAUUGUACUUCUACAGUUGUAAACUUUUUUUAUACAUAUAUAUAUUUUUAAAAAUGACUAUUAUGCUUGUACGUCAUUAUUUUCUACGAAAAAAGAAAAGAAAAAUUGUAAUAUUAUAAUUUAACCCGUUCGUUAUCAAAGAAUAGUGCGUUUUGAAAGAUCGUGUAUUGUCAUGGAUACAAUGGAUCAGAUUUGAUGAUCUACAGUGUGAUGAACGCGGAUUAGAAUUGCGAUUUUAUGCGGUCAGAAUUAAGGAAUAGUUAAUGAAUUAAAAAUUAAGAAAGAGCGAGUGUUAGUUACAAAUGAUAUAAGGAUAGAAUAAAUGUUAAUUUCAAUGAACGAAAAGAGACAAAUGCGCUACUUGUGACCAAAUAAUUAACAUAUCAUACAUAUAUAUAUAUAUGUAUGUAUACUUUUCCUAUAUUUUAAACUUUUAAAAUAUUCGUUAAUAUUUAUUUAUUUAUUAUUUUAUUUAUGUUAGAAAUUUAAUUAUAUUGUUAUAAAUAUAUCUAUUUAUAAUAACAAUAAUAAUAAUAUUUAAUUUUAUUAAGUAGAUUAAUUCUUUAUUUUUUACUACUUCGAUUUAUUGUAAUAAAAAAAGAUAUUAUUAGAUUUUUAUUAAAAAGAGAUAAACUCGUUAAAAAUUUUCCUUUUUUCCCCAUCUAAACUAUGAAACGAAAAAUUGUAAAACGAUAUUGUGAUUUCCACGUUCAAAUUUUUUUUUUUUAGAAAAUAAAUCAUCCAUUUUAAUUAUCGAAGGAUCGAAGAAAUUUUAAACGAGAGAAUGGCGGGAAAAUUGGAGAAAUCAUAGAUAAAUAUGUUACAAACCCUAGGGGAAACAAUUUUCGAUUAAAGACGUGUUAUUUCUAGAGAGAAUAAUAUAUGUACGGCUUUCUCGUGAUAAACAGAUUGUUUUUAUUGACUUUUUGUUGACUGUUGUUCAGCUAUUUUCUAUAAAUAAAUAUUUUAAUAUUUCGUGUGAAAUUCUAUGUAAUUACGAAAGUUGAUAAUUUAUCGUGUAAAAAUAUUUUGAAUGAAAUAAACGUCACACCGAAUAAA